AUGGGGAAACCGCGGAUGAUCAUCUUGAUCCGCCAUGCCCAGUCAGAAGGCAACAAGAAUCGCGAAAUCCACCAGACCAUUCCCGAUCAUCGGGUAAAGCUCACUCCGGAAGGGCAUCGACAAGCCCAUGAGGCCGGUUCCACUCUGCGCGCCCUCUUGCGACCUGAUGACACGAUCCAUUUCUUCACAUCACCAUAUCGCAGAACCAGAGAAACUACGGAAGGAAUCCUUCGGUCGCUAACCUCUGAUUCCCCGUCUCCGUCCCCUUUCCCCAGACACACCAUCAAGGUAUACGAAGAACCUCGUCUGCGCGAGCAGGACUUCGGCAACUUCCAGCCAUGCUCUGCUGAAAUGGAGCGAAUGUGGCUGGAGAGAGCGGAUUAUGGACACUUCUUCUACCGGAUCCCGAACGGCGAGUCAGCUGCUGAUGCCUAUGACCGAAUAAGCGGUUUCAACGAGUCCCUGUGGCGACUCUUCGGAGAAAAUGAUUUUGCCAGUGUCUGUGUCUUGGUCACCCAUGGCCUGAUGACCAGGGUCUUUCUCAUGAAAUGGUACCACUGGAGCGUCGAGUACUUUGAAGACCUCCGGAAUAUCAACCACUGCGAAUUCGUAAUCAUGAAACUCAAUGAGGAUAAUGGGAAAUAUGUGUUGCAGAACCAGCUCCGCACAUGGUCAGAGUUGAGGAAGGAGAAGGAACUGGAGAGACAGCGAGAUCGGGUCGUGAAUGCAGUUCCUCCAGCGGUGCCAACACCAUCUGAAUCGCUCGUGCCCAUCCGGCAUAAAUGGGGCGGUUGUCCGGACGGGUGUAACCAUGGAAUUCGCAGGAAGGGCUCUACAAGGUCCAACCGAGCGACUGGAACGGAUCUUGCCCGGAAUACUCCUGAUGCACAACACAGAAAGGCCCACGACUCCAUUCAUACUCAUAACAAGUCAGCACAAGGCAGCAACAAAGGUAAAGGGUCCUCAGCGGAAGUGAAACCGCAGGUUGAGGCGCACGUUUUAACAGCGCCCGAACCAGCGCUUGGGGACAGUUCCAAGGAAGCGAGGCCCUUCACCAGUAUUAUUCCUGCUUCUGCUCCACAUUACAGAGAAACCCCCAAUCCCCAGUCCACUCGAUCCGACUUUCCACAAAACGAACCCAACAGCAACAAUCAAGAGAGCAACUCCAACAACGCAACCACCGCCAGGGCAAGCCCCAUCCCCAAGCGUCCAGACCUAUCCAGGUUUCACCGCGACAGCGAGGACCACCUCCUGCACCCCCCGCGUUCAAAUUACGCCCUUCUCCACCUCAGUGGCCGCGACGGAGGCGGCACAUUAAGCGGAGCCAACAGUGUCGCACCAUCGGAAGACGAGCACGAGGACAAACCCCCUAAACCCACCACCCACCAACCAAAGCCCUCCCACGACCUAGGCAACGACGGCGAUGACGAGGGCAGUGGUACACAGGCACAACGUCUCCGGCGCUCACGCUCUCACCACACCAACCACCGUCACAGCCACCUCCCCACCCCAGGCAGACGACACCUAUCCAAGAAACCACCCAACGGCUACCCAGACCAAGACCGAAACCUAGACAGCGGCCAUCCAGACUCUUCAAUCGACCACGAAGAAGACCCAGACCCAGAAUACCACGACGACCUCGAAGCCGCAAGACGAGAAGACCAAAGUAUCAGAGGAAGCGUCUACUAA